ACAGUUGUGUUUCUCUCGUACGCGGCACGUGCUGAUAGCGCCAACCAUGUUUUCGCGAGGCAAACACACGCCGUUUCAACAUUCUACGGUCUCGUCGCGAGUUGUCCGGUUAGGCGUUUCCAAGUCUGCGUCAUGUCCGUCAUUUCUCAUUUACAAUUCGUCAUUUAUCAUGUUUUCCUAUUUUUCAAAUACUUGCACUCAUUUUCUCAUCUAUUCGUAAGAAAAACGUCAUUUCAAAUGGCUGUGAUUUCUCAGGAGCACUUGUUACAAAUUAGUAUCGACUCACGUGCAAAUGUUUCACUCGUGAUCGGCUGAACGGGACUUUUUAUUUAAUCGUGCUUACAGUCAUCGCCAAGGUAUGAAGUAAUAGGGGAUUGAAGUAAAGAUGCUUCGAGUGACAGAACAAACGAUUCGAUGGAAGCAUCAUCCGCUUAGGCCGAACUGGCCGCUACCCCGGUACGCAUCGCUCUGUGCACGCAUCGUUAGAAACAACGAUUACUCGAGUCUUCCGAGGUUUCACGAUAUACCACCUACGAAACGCAGUGUGCAUCGUAAAAUGAAAAAGAAUCACGGUCAAGAUGAAAUGUGACCUACCCCUCCUGAUCACGAGACAAAUGUUAUCAAUUAGAAAAGAUUAUUAUUUCGAAGGGAACAUUCUUCGUAUGAUGGUCUUGGUCUUCGCAGAAUACUUUACUGGUGCAAUCAUUCACUUGUCACUUGUCCCCGUAACAUUCCAGUUCCGAAGCGACUGAACGCGACGGAACGAAUGACGUGAAAAUUCUCUAGCACUACGAUUUCGCGAUACUUGCCGUGAACAUUCGAAUCUUUCGACGCACAGUCCAAAUAUGUUUCAAAUAAUGUCGCGACAAUUCAAACUAAUGGAAACACGACGAUUUUAUCGUAAUUUCAUUGAUCGCGUGACCCAGGAUAAUUGCGUUUUAUUUCUUACCGAUUGCAACGAUUAGCUCGAGUAGAUCCGAGUCGGUUCGAAAUUAUCGAAAGAUAUCGUGGUCUUGAUGACGAAUAUUUCACCGAGCCUUCGAGCGGAGGUGCGGUUUUAUUAAUUCACCGACCGAUCGAGAUAAAGAUCGUGAAACGGUGACAACGCUUCCGAAGCGCUCAACUUGACGCGCGCGUCCGAUCUCCGCGUAAUGAUUAAUCGAUCCCGUUAACUGAUUCUGGAAACUUACUCGUCAGGAUUCUACGGAUGCUAGAAAGAAAUUUCGAAAUUGUACGAAUCAGUAACAACAGUCAACUUAGGCCCCAGCACAUGGGUGACGAAAUUCCCAAUGGCCGCCGGUUCCAGGCAGAGUCCAGUGAACAUCGAAACUGACCGGGUCGAAUCCGAUCAUGAAGCACUCAGCAACAAACCCUUACGAUGGCAGUAUCCGGCCACCGCUUCCCGGAAGCUCGUUAAUCCGGGUUAUUGCUGGCGCGUGGACGCCGAUGGCGAGGGCACUUUCUUGAGUGGUGGUCCCUUGAUCGAUGACGUGUAUAAACUCGAACAGUACCACUGUCAUUGGGGAUGCAGCGAUUCCAGGGGGUCGGAACACACCGUCGAUGGACAAGCUUUCGCUGGAGAGUUGCAUCUAGUGCAUUGGAACACCAGCAAGUACAACACGUUUGCAAAAGCCGCGAAAGCUUCGGACGGCCUCGCCGUUCUAGGCGUCUUUCUGAAGGUGGGCAAGACGCAUCAAGAAAUGGACAAGAUCGCGCGUCUGUUGCCAUACGUGUCUCAUAAGGACGAAGUCGUAGAGAUCGCUGAGCCAAUCGAUCCCGGUAAACUCCUUCCUGACGAUAAUGGUUACUGGACGUAUUUGGGCUCGUUGACCACGCCGCCUUGCAACGAGAGCGUCACUUGGAUCCUUUUCAAGAAGUGCAUCGAGGUGUCUCAUCAUCAGCUCAACAUCUUCCGUAAUCUACGAAAAUUCCCUCGGGGAGAAGAGUGUCCCUGCCACGAAAAUCAUGGAGUGGUAAUCAACAACUUCCGUCCGCCGUUGCCGCUAGGGAAUCGCGUGUUGCGCGAAUGCGGCAGCUUCUGAGUGCGUGUCCUGGUUCCGAGGCAAUUAGAUCGGGUCCGUUCGGUGUCCAGCCACGGCCCGGAACUUGGAACCAGUCGAUACCGGCCGAAACACGACCAAACGGAAAUCAGCGAAUCACCAGACGAGACGAUAAUCGCCGCCGCUAGACGACCUUUACUUUUCAUCGUUCGCUUCCACCGCCAUUCGCACGAUAGAUGGGUCGUCCUGUCGUAUCCGAUACAUGACGAACGAUAAGGAUGAGGGCGACACUCUUCCUUCGCAACUCCCGGUGAACACGAUUGUUUACCGAAACCCGGACGUGCCUCAUAGGUUUGGGAACCAAGUGCAAUCAACCGUAGCCAUAGUGAGAGGAAUCGAUCCGCUUCAACCGUAACCGUGUAGAGAUUAGAUUUCAAUCGGAGACUACUCCCAACUUCCGUACUCGUUGUUUUAGAUCGGCGUUUCUCAACCUUCUUGCCGCCUAACCUAAUAUAUUCGUAGCAAAUAGUACCGUAACUUGCGUCUCGAUCAAACCAUACUCGAAUAUUCUACGGCGGGAUAUCCAUACUUAUAAGAUCUAAGACGAAAGGAUUUCAUAAUUAAUCGAACAUCAUUUUACACGUUCCUUUUUAGCGUGGUGCGACGUGUCAUGAAAAACCUAGGUUGUGACUCGUAGGUUGAGAAACUCUGUUCCAGGUUUACUCUUCCGUGUGUCCGAGCGAGACCGCUCGUGUUCAAUUGCGAUGAAUAGAAAGAAGGCAUAUACAUAUAUAUAGAUAGAUAUAAAUGAUUGAAUAUUCUGUAAAACAUGUUGUCUCUUAAAGAAAACAUUGUAUUUCGACAUGAUCAAAAGUCCAAACGUACAGGGAAAUGUGUAAAACAUUGGCUAAAUACAUAGAAAUUUUCUAUUUCGGAAUCAUCUCUUCAGAGUCCCAAGCUCAAUCAAAUUGAGAACAUGUGAGUAUUUUCAAAAAGAAUAGUAAAAAAUUCGUACGAGUCCAGUACCAUCCAUUGCUUACAAUCGACUUGUAAAAGAGAAUUGUCGAGCGAUCGGACAAAAUCGAUCCUGAUUACUACAGAAAAUUAAUAGAAUCGGUAUCCAAGUGAUUUCAUUUAGUUGGCAAAACACAAGGACUUUGGACAAAAUAUUCGACAUUUCUUUAAGGUUAACGAAAACAUAUGGACAAGAUGGUGAAACUCCGAUUCAAUGAACGUUUACUUGUAAUUACAAACGAAAAGAGAUGGAAAAUGUUUUCUCGUUUCUUCUUUUUUUCCUAUACCUUACUGUACAUGAUGUAAAAUGAACAAUUGUGCGAAAACUAAUCAUUGAAUCAGUUUUGCUGCUCACUGUACAUAAGAUUGUUAAGCAGGUUAACUUUAUUACGGUUUGUAGAGGAAAAGAAUGUUGACGACGAUUUAUUCAUGUCGAUUCGUGCAGAUGAGAUCCGUCCAUUAUCAUCUGAUCCAUCGAUCGAAGAACCAAGGACGCCUUUCAGCGAAGAACGUAUAUCGUUCUAUAUUGUUAUAAGAUUCAUCUAUAAAUAUCUACAUAUGUAUGUACGUUAUGUGUGCGCGUAAACACAUUCGCACACAAAUGUGCUGUGUCCAGAAUUUACGAUUGUUCGUAACGCUUUGCGAGGCUAUCGGACAGCGAGAAUCGAUUCUACUUGUUUCCGCAGUUGACUAAGUAAUUCUACAGGACAGGCGAGAGAGUUAUUUUUUUAAAUUUCUUUGAAAAUUCUCACUAAAGGAAUGACCAAUGUUGUUUCGGUAUGCCUCAGUCAGAGAGUUAUCGACAAAUCGUGCACGCCUGUGCUCAUCGUGUGCCUUCUACUUAACAAAUUCGUCGUCAUAUCAGUGUGUAAAUGGUCCAAUACAGACGAGACUAUAAUUAUCUAGACUGCGGAUGUUUUUACGAAUCUAGAUUUUCGUGGGUCGAUCUACAGAAACCUUUUCUACUCGGUCAAACAUUCUCACUUAUUAUAAACAACGAAACAUUAAGCAUUUUAUUACACAGACCCCGAAGCAGUGACGUCCACGGGCUAUUUACAAGCUUCUCGUUCAUGCCGUUUCGAUGAUAAUAAACUUAGCAAAGUACUAGAUGUAUGUAUUUAUAUCUCCGUAUAAGUUAGACACUCGUUAUUCAUACCAAAAGUGAUUCUAUCUAUAACGAAACGAGCACGAAGCGUUGCUGUUUGUUGAAAGUGAAACAUUAUUUUCUGAUAUUUCUAUGUCGACGAUCUUGACACGUCAACACGAAGAAUCUGCAGACAAGAUUAAAAGCAAAGAAUUAUUAAACGAUUUUACAAUUAUUGCAACUCGAAGAUUCAUAAAUAGUUUCUUGGCUGUUAACUGUUAGUUCCAAGAAAUUAAUCAAGCGUGUUGAGACAGUUCGAUAAAAUGCCGGCGAGUGUAUCAUCCAUCCUAUCGAACCAAGGAUCGUACCGUGUGGUAACAUUAAACCUUUUUCGUAUCUGUAAUCAUCGAGCGUGCGGACAAAGAUGAUUUCCAUCGCGAACGAGCAUCGAAUUUCCUCCGUAUACUGCAACUGUUAUUUAACGCCUCAACUUUCUUUCAUUUCCACACGAAUGAUUUGCUGUCUUUGAAUUGUCAACAAAUGCUUCUCGACAGAACAACGUCUCCGAUUUCUUUCACUUCCUUAGGAUUCUGUUGUAGUUUGCGAGUAUUGUAACUUGAAAUGGAUUUACCGAUAGCUAUAGAGGGAUUUAUAAACUGGGCAACGAAUAGCUCGGUGUAGAUUGAAAUUAGGUUGAUCGGAAAUUUCUGUCACAUUUCCCUUCAUCCUUCCAAACAAGUAUCAGCUUUAAUAACCGGGGCUAUAUACCCGUUAAAUCGAGCAACCGAACAACCACAAAUAGUUGUAUCACUUUUCUUUUUCUUUUAAAUUAUCAUGAUAAUGAUAAGAGGUAGGUUGCAAAUGUUUCUCCAACGGUGUAUAUUUUCACGAAUCUUUAUUCACGGAAAUUUCAAACGAAGCUUGUACAAAGUUGACAAAUCGGGAUCUAGUAACAGAAGUUUUCGAUUAACGCGACCGUAGGCCGUAGACCGUAGACCGUGUCGCGGAUAUUCGAUAAAAUCCGGGUACUUGCGAAAGAACUCGAGACCGGAGGGUCUGUUUACAUGUUUCAUUUGAUUCCGAAGUAUACUCCAGUGACCGUAAAGGACCUUGGUUGUACGAGAGAACACUCUGAGAGUGUCCAGCUUUUAAUAUACCGGUUCUGAACGCGUGCUCGAAACACGCGUGUCCGCCCUUUCAACACAUUCUCUCUCCUCUGUUCUUCCUGGAACAUUCUCUGGUCUUUCGCCAUAAACCUGUAUUUUACAGUUACCAGCGUCAUCGAGCAUCGUCCAACGGGAUCGUCCUGUUUGAUUUUAUGUCUGAUGGCCGAUUCUUUUUCCUUUUCAAUUUCUCUAUAAUUAUUGUUAAACACGUGAAACAAACAAUCUAUUUGUAUUUCGUAGCAUCGACUGUGAUAAGAAAAAGAAAUAUGUAAUAAACUGACGA